CAAGAACUUCAAGAUGCUAUAAACAAACUUCCAUUGAGACAUCCAAUUGACGUCAAAUUGUAUUGGAGAGCAUCUGAGUUAGGUCAGAAGGUUUUAUAUGAAACAGGUUGCUUCGACGAUGUUUAUGAGAUAACAGGAGAAGUUUCUCAGAAGAUAAGAGACUCACUUGAAUUUCCACAAACUGGACCAAUUGGUUGCGACAAGUUCGACUCAAACGAAAAGAUAUACUAUGUCGACCUUAACGCUGCAUACAUGAGGUUUGUCCAAUAUAUUCCGACUGGAAUUCCAAACGAAGAUGGUGAGUUCCCGGGAAGGAACUAUACAGUUGGAAAAGUCAUACAACAACUGUAUGAUAUUAGGAAAGCUUCAAACCCCAAACUUGCAAUGACACUCAAAUUGCUUAUGAAUUCGACAUGGGGAUAUUCCAUUAAGAAACCUCAAGAGAUGAAGAGUAAACAUUAUGAGAAGGUCGACAACUUUGUUGAAAGGUUUUCUCCUUUUGUUUUGAAGUACGAAUUCACUCAAGGUCAAAGUGGCUUAGUAACCACAUUAAAACCUAUUGUCGAACAUUGGUCUUACCCUCAGUUCGCAAAGGCAGUCCUUGACAACUACAACAAAUUCUUCUCCGAAGUCAAAUCCAAAGUGAAGGUUUACUAUGAGAACAUUGACGCACUCAUGACGAACGAAGAAGGAUACAACAAACUCAUUGAAAUGGGAAUGGUCAGUGAAAAGAUGGGCUGUUUUAAGCUAGAUAAGGUAUUUUCUGAAGUUCAUGUCCUCUCCAAGCGUAAGUACUGGGGCAUACUUGAAGACGGCACAGAAAUAAAACAUUGCAUGAAGUAA